GCCUUCUCGGUCGACUUCUCGCUUUGGCCGCGCGGGCGGAGGGAGGGCCCGGGUGGUCUCCGGCCUCGGCGGCAAAGCCACUUCUGGGAGUGGUUGGAAGAACAAUGCAUGUGAGUCUUUGACACCAUGAUAUCCAUCAGGCAAAGAAAAGGAAUACAAACCACAGAAGUUUCUGAGGAUUACACGGCACAAGAAGAAAAUGUGAAGCUGGAAGAUAAAUUGCCGUCUAGUUGUACCAAUAGAAGAUUAUGGAAGAUUCUGUCAUUUACAAUUGGUGGAACUGUUGCCCUGUGCAUUGGGCUUCUUACAUCUGUCUACUUGGCCACUUUACAUGAGAAUGAUUUGUGGUUUUCUAAUAUUAAGGAAGUGGAGCGAGAAAUCUCAUUCAGAACGGAAUGUGGACUAUAUUACUCCUACUACAAGCAGAUGCUGCAGGCGCCUACCCUCAUGCAAGGUUUUCGUGGCUUAAUAUAUGAUAACAAAACGGAAUCUAUGAGGACAAUUAACCUCCUUCAACGAAUGAAUAUCUACCAAGAGGUUUUUCUCAGUAUUUUGUAUAGAGUUCUACCCAUACAGAGAUAUAUAGAACCAGUUUAUUUUUAUAUUUACACCUUAUUUGGACUCCAAGCAAUUUAUGUCACAGCUCUUUACAUAACCAGCUGGCUCCUGAGCGGUACGUGGCUUUCAGGACUGUUAGCAGCCUUCUGGUACGUCACAAAUAGAAUAGAUACCACGAGGGUGGAGUUUACCAUCCCCCUGAGAGAGAACUGGGCGCUGCCGUUCUUUGCAAUCCAGAUAGCAGCAAUUACAUACUUCCUGAGACCAAACUUACAGCCUCUUUCUCAAAGGCUGACACUUCUUGCCAUUUUCAUAUCAACUUUUCUCUUUAGUCUAACAUGGCAAUUUAAUCAAUUUAUGAUGCUGAUGCAAGCAUUAGUGCUGUUCAUACUGGACUCCCUAGACAUGUUGCCAGCAAUGAAGGUGACAUGGCUGUACAGUAUACAACUCACAGGUUUACUCCUGGUCUGCAUUCUUCAGUUUUUUAAUUCCAUGAUUCUUGGAUCAUUGCUUAUCAGUUUCAACCUUUCGGUAUUAAUUGCAAGAAAACUUCAGAAAAAUAUGAAAACUGGAAACUUUCUUAAUAGACUUGGGAAACUGUUGUUACAUUUAUUUUUCGUUUUAUGUUUGACACUUUUUCUCAACAACAUCAUUAAGAAAAUUCUUAACCUCAAGUCAGAUGAACACAUAUUUAAAUUUCUGAAGGCAAAAUUUGGAUUUGGAGCAACAAGAGAUUUUGAUGCAAACCUAUACCUGUGUGAAGAAGCAUUUGGCCUUCUACCUUUUAAUACAUUUGAAAGACUUUCAGAUACUCUGCUUUUUUAUGCUUAUAUAUUUGUUCUGUCCAUCACAGUGAUUGCAGCAUUAGCUGUGGCCUUCCGUAAUCUCAGUGAUUCUACCAAUCAGCAAUCCAUGUGUAAAAUGGGAAAGUACACAAUUGGCCUGAAACCAGAAACUGCCUACAAUUUAAUACAUACGAUUCUGUUUGGAUUCUUGGCAUUGAGUACAAUGAGAAUGAAGUACCUCUGGACAUCCCAUAUGUGUGUAUUUGCGUCAUUUGGCUUAUGCAGCCCUGAAAUAUGGGAGUUACUUCUGAAGUUGAUCCAUCUUUAUAACCCAAAGAGGAUAUGUAUAAUGCGAUAUUCAAUACCGAUAUUAAUACUGCUGUAUCUGUGCUAUAAGUUCUGGCCAGGAAUGAUGGAUGAACUCUCCGAGUUGAGAGAAUUCUAUGAUCCAGAUACAGUGGAGCUGAUGAACUGGAUUAAGCCUGUGAAGAAGGGGAAGUACUGGUAUAGAGAGGGGAAACAGAAUCAGAGGAUGUGUUUCAGAUCAGCAACAGCAGUGGAAAUAAAGUUUUAUGUUCUCUGCCAGUUUUAUCUUUAGCAUUUCUUUCACUUUAAUAGCAUUCAAAUUUUCUAUUAAUACUGACACAUAAAGUAUUCUUUCCUUGUUAAUCAUCUAAAAAUUAUACAGUAAACUACAGUUAAUUAGAGUCAUGUUAGCUCAGUACAGACUUCAUUUUAACUGAUCAUAUUGCCCAAGAUUAGGCCUAGAGAAAAUUUAAAAUACAAAAGCUAGAGCUUUUCCUUCCGCGAACAUCAUAAUGCUUUCAAUGUUAUAUUGGUUUUUACUUUUGCCUGCACGGUUGCUUCACCUCAGCAUUCCGCAGCAGAAUGAGAUUCAUGUUUUUCAAAGUUUCGUUAAUGAAACCCACCUCCCACCAGCAAAAAUUAACUCUUUUACUCCAAGCAGCAUUCUCGUGCCCUGUAAUGUUGUAUUUCCCUAUUUUAUAGCCAGAAAGCAGCAGUGUCAUUAUUUACACAUAAAUAGAUGUUGCAAAUCUUAAGUGACAUAUUCUGAAAGCAUUGGCUGUAUUGUCUCCAUCACUUAGAAUUUUAGUAACCAUAUUGGCACUUGCUCGUGACUGAUGUUUACUAACCAGUACAGUUUAGCACUGCUUGUGUAUUAAGCGAUGGUAAAUGUUUGAUAGCUUGGGCCUCUUGAGUACAAUACAUGGGUUUUAUAGAGAUUUGUAUCUAAAAUAUAUAUGUGGCUUUGGUCCCAAUGUUGGACUAGAUUUGACUAGAUGCAAUGAGUAUAAUUUUUCAUUUAUUUCCAGUGCUGAGUGUAUGAAGCAGUGCUUUAUCUUUAUUUAUUUAUUUAACUUUAAAUCAUGGCAGACUAUUAUAGAGUAAAUAAUUCCUUCAGUAUUUAUUGUAUAAGAGAAAAAAGGCUUAUUCAUAUAAAGAAAAGCUAAUUACUUUUGCAUUAGCUGCAAUCAACUGGAAAUUUAUGACGUGCGCAUCUGAAGGUGAGGCUGAUUUUUCUGUUUUUCAAAUUGCACCAUGGGUAGGAGUGGUGUAGGGUGCCCACUCUGAUAGAGUCCCAAAGGAGGCAUACCUUCUGGAUCUACUUGGAUUGGCAUUAUAAACAUCCCACCUCCACUUCCCAAUCUUUUAGGAAUUAAUUGUAGUGUCAUUAAGAUUUUAUUCUAGUGGAGUUACCUCUGGCUAUGUCAGACAGGAUAUACUUAUUGUAAUGCCUUUAUUUUCAUGCUUUUGCUCACAGAGGUUAUUUAAAAUAACAUUUGUGGUUCUGAAAAAUUAUGGACGAGAGUUUAUUCCAUGUGUAAAGAAGAUAAUCUUUUAGUCUGCUUUUGGGAAAGUGGGCUUUGUUCUUACAUUCUCCUUCUAUUAACAGUUCUUCUCCCUGUAUGUAGGCUUAUUCUUUUCACUUUUUACAAAUCUCAGCAACUGAAGGAUUUGUAUUGUUCCCCCAAAAAUGGUUCCAUUGUGAUCUAAUCUUGCCUGUUUUCCCUUCAAAGUCUUCAAAUCUAAAUUAUUGUUUUUGCAAAAAUAGCUGCUAGGCAUGUUUGUGAAAUAAGCUUAAGUGAUGAUGAAUGUAUGUCAAAAUAGGGUCUGUUUAGACACAAAAUGCAUUUGUUUAAAUCAACAUUUAAAUCAGCUCUGGUCUAGGCUUCAUUUCCAAACACAAGCAGAUGCACUUUACUAUUCGUUUAACCUGUCCUGAUUUCUUCUGUUUUUUAACAUAAACUAUGACCUUCUCCUUUGACUCUACUACCUUGACUAAUCACACAGUGUUGGUGACAUUAGUAGGUCUGAGCUGAGCUGGAGGAAAGGCUGUGGGCUAAGGAUUCAUGGAGUGUAUCUGAAAGCCUGUUUGGAAUUGUCUGAAGGCAGCAGCUGGGCCUCCGGUCCCACCCAGCACUGCUGCUGAGAGACGCCUCCUCUCCAUCCUGUCUGCUCCUGCUCUCAGGCAGCCAGAGUGAUACGCUCACAUCUGUCCUUUGUCAGGGCGGGCAUGACAGCAUCUUUUGGGGUCAGGGCACAGCUCCCCUUGCCGGAUGGCUGCCCGGCCUCUAGAAUGAGUCAGAACAAGAAACAGUGACCUGAAGAAACUCAGGAAGACAAAUGACUCUCUAUUUCAGCAUGGGGCAACUCUUGUGCAAAGUGUUCAGAAGAAGCUACCACCAUCUCCCAGUCUGCCUCAUGUACUUGAUGCUAGGGCUUGAUGCCCGAGGAUUAAAUUCUUCUUUAAUCAGUGAGGACCCUUUGUUGCAGUCAGGCCCCCGGCGUCUUCCCUGUGAGAACUAGGACAUCAUCUCCCCAUGCCUUCCACAGCCCCAGCUGUGUGUUCACGGGCCUGGAUGCCUGCCUUUCAUGUUAUACUGAGGUGCAGCAUGCUCUAUUUUCCAGUAAAUUUAAGUGUACGUGUUCACAUUAACCCCUUUUUGCUAAUGAUGUUUUUCCUGAAUAUGAAGAUUAAAAACCUGCCUUUUUUGUUUUACUUUCUGGUAUCUCUUUCAGCAGAACCCUGGUGGAACUUUUAUAGGUUUUAUGUGUGACUAGAAAGCACGUUUACUUCAAGGCCAAAUGUCACAGCAAUUGGUAAUCCAUACCUUGUUCCUUUGCAUACUUAAGAGUGUUUCAUUUUUGGCUCCUGAAACAUUUCUUGGACAUUGUGCAAUUCAGAUAGACUGACUGUUUUGAGGUGUGACAUUUUACCUACUUGGCUAUAGGAGAUGUUCACUAGAAAUAGUUUCUUUCCAGUGAUGAAGCCUUCAUGUGCAAUAUUUUCUCAAUGGGCCUGAAAAAAUGGACCAGACUUCCUUCACAUUUAAUCAAAGCAGAAA